ACAAGCAAAAUAAACAAAAAUGGGGCGCCUGUCAGUGUGGGACGUUUUGGACAUAUGACGUGAUUCUUGAAACAUAGAGGUUCGUUUUAGAUAGUAUUGUAUCGUUACCCACAGUCAGCCAUCAGUGUAUGACACCGUUAAUAUCGUAUUUGAAGAGUUAACAGCUGAUCUCGACUCUGUGAUGAGCUGUGACAAUGGAUAUUGAUCUGAGCCCACAGGACAAGAAAGACUUGGAUAAAUUCAUAAAAUUCUUUGCAUUGAAGACAGUGCAAAUCAUAGUUCAAGCCCGACUUGGGGAAAAGACAGGCACAUGCUCAUCUUCAUCACCAACAGGUUCAGACUGGUUUAAUCUGGCAAUAAAAGACAUCACUGAGGUGACCCAUGAGGCAAAAAAAGCUCUUGCCGGACAGCUGCCUGGCCUCGGGCGGUCUAUGUGUGUGGAGAUCUCCCUCAAAACCUCAGAGGGCGACUCCAUGGAGCUGGAAACAUGGUGUUUGGAAAUGAAUGAAAAGUGUGAUAAGGACAAUAAAGUGUCCUAUACAGUUUAUAAUCGGCUGUCUCUGCUGCUCAAGUCUUUACUGGCCAUCACCAGGGUGACACCUGCUUACAAGCUUUCACGUAAACAAGGACACGAUUACGUCAUAUUGUACAGGAUUUAUUUUGGGAAUGUUCAGCUGACAGGUCUUGGGGAAGGGUUCCAGACAGUGCGAGUGGGUAUUGUGGGCACACCGAUAGGCACUAUCACUCUGUCCUGUGCUUACCGCACUAACCUAGCCCUCAUGUCUUCAAGGCAAUUUGAGAGGACAGGCCCCAUCAUGGGUAUCAUCAUUGAUCAUUUUGUGGAGCGUCCCUUUGCUAAUAUGGCUCACAUGCACCCCUGCAGCGUCAGAGCACCUGGAGAGGAUGAGGGAGGGCCCUAUGCAGGAAUAGAAGACUCACAGGAAGUGUGCACUACAUCCUUUUCCACCUCCCCACCAUCACAGUGUGUAUGCACUGUAAGUCAGGCACACUUUAAGACACCUAAGACGGCUCUGAUGGCCACGCUGAAGGUUCCCCUCAUGGGGCUUGGCAUCUCACAGCAACUGUACAGCUCUCGUCUGUCAUAUCAGACUCCUGCCCUGGGCACUGUGGAUUUGUGCCAUCCUCCAGCUUGUACUGCUGCUGCACAUCCUAACCAGAUGGCUGUGCCAGGUAAAGAGGGUGGAGUUCCACAGGUGCCGGCUCAUCCUAAUCAUGGCACUAAUGCCGAGCAUGGUCGUAUCCAAUCAUUCCCUUCCGGAGAGUCACAGCAGCAGGCUCCACCCACGUCUUGCAUCAGUGACGUGAAGCGUGUGUCACCCUCAAAUGCGCUAGAGACAACCUAUACAAGAAAAGUAGGAGCUUUUGUCAACAAAGCCACCACUCAGGUGACAAUGGCCAAUCUAGAUCUCCCUUUUGCUGCGUUUGCUCCAAGAGUCUUUGACCUGGAGGAGAAUGACCCAAUGGUGCACCCUCCUCCAUCACCAGCCCCAUUGUCCCCCAUGCAAGGCAGCCUGCACUCCGAUAGCUCAAGCCUCAGCGGAGGACAACAACAUGAUGACUUUGUCAUGGUUGACUUUAAGCCAGCUUUCUCUAAGGAUGACCUUCUGCCAAUGGACCUGGGCACUUUUUAUAGAGAGUUUCAAAACCCUCCUCAACUUGCAAGCCUGUCCAUUGAUGUCAGUGCUCAAUCUAUGGCUGAAGACUUGGACUCUCUUCCAGAGAAACUGGCCAUUUAUGAGAAAAACAUUGACGAGUUUGACGCAUUUGUGGACACCCUACAAUAGAUCACAGCUGAGAUUGCAUUUUUAGAACUUCAUUGAAUCUCUCCAUUAACCUUGUUUUAUGUCAGUUUUGCCUUUUGAAAUAAGCUCUGAAGAGAAUCAUCAUAUGGGAAAAAGAGGAACAGAGCAACAUGAAAAGCUCACACUUGUAUUUAAGAUAACAGAACUUUGUAAAUUAAGGUCACUGUAAUGAAUGUAUAAACCUAUACCAGCCUUUAUUUUGUCAUCAAAACAACACACCCGGUGCUCUGACUCACUGAAGCAGAUUACUGUAGCACUGACAUUAUCUAAAGUCUCAAAAUACUUUGCAACAUCCAUGUGAGGAAAUACUUGAGAUGUCCGCUUUUUAAAGGCUUACACAUAAAUGACACUAUAGUUAACAGUGACAAUAUUGAAUUGUGAGUCCAUUUCCACUUACAUGCAUCUUAUAAAUGCCAUAAAAAAAUGCAUUGUACCAUAAUUUUUAAUCUGUCUUUAAAUGGGAAAAGUUCAUGAUCACUAUGUGUCUUGUGAAAAAUACUCCCGUAUUUACUCCCGUAAUAUAUAUAUAUAUAUUAUUAUUAUUAUUUUUUUUUUUUUUAUGAUUUUACAUCACAAGCUUUAUGUUGGUUAGUCCUUUAUGAGCUGGAACUUCUUUAAUUAUUUUAAGUGUAUUCUUUAUCCCCCUCACUUUGUUAUUAUGGCAUAUAAAUGUUGUGUAAUAAACUUGUUAAUUUCAGACAGGACU